AUGUCGCUGUUACCCGUGAUCUCUAAGCUACUCGAAAAGCUGGUGCAGAAAGCCAUCAACCAGUAUGUACUAUCAUCCGGGUUAUAUGGCGCGGCUGCAUACUAUGGCCUCACAACGAACAGUGGAAAACGACUGCUGGAGACAGCUUACAACCAGUGCCUCCGCGUCGCUACAGGAUGUGUGCCUUCUACACCACUGACCAAGCUCUACGAGGUUGCAGGUGCUCCGUCCCUGCAUACAAAGAUCACACGCCAGGCUGGGAAUUUGGCCAAUAUUGCUCUUCGUCACAGCACCCCAACCCCUGCUCGCACCGUUCUCUCCGCUCGGGUUCCUCAACGCAUACGCCAGGACAAGACCACUUGGCAACAGUUAGCCCAGGAGACUUUGCCUACUCAGCAAUUUCUCCCGCUGCCUUCGCGACCACCGCCAUGGGCAAAGGUGGAGAACUUGACGAUCCACAUCACUGACUGCAGCAGAGAUGAUCCCCCGCAUGUCCGGUUGUCUGCAGCCCUGGAGUGCCUGGACAAGGUUUCCUCUCUUUGUGCUCAAUCUCAGUCAUAUGAAGUCUGGACAGAUGGUAGUGUCACUGAUGAGGGUACAGGAGGAAGUGGCUAUCUUGUCAUCAAAGUCACUGAUGGCCAACGCUCUGAAGUGUGCAGUGGAAGCGAUCCUGCAGGCGUGGUAGCAACUUCCUUCACCGCCGAGGUAACUGCAGCAGUGGCUGGUCUCUCUGCGGCAGAAGAUCUACUUACGGCUGGCCUCACCAACACAGAUGGUCAACCCUCGCUGCCAGACCUCAUCCUCGUUACGGACAGUCGUUCGUUGACUGAUUCUGUUGCCGGCGAUCCGUACCGUAUGAGCCCAGAUACGAUUCCUGUGUUUGAGGCUAUCAAGAGCAUUAGCCAGCUUGUUACCAGCAUCCACCUUGUCUGGGUUAGCAGUCACUGUGGCUUAUUCCUCAAUGACAAAGUAGAUCGCCUGGCUGCGGCUGGUACCCAGGUUCCCCAGGGUCACGUCCGUCUUCCAGUGCAAGCCACCAAGACUGCAGUCCGCAAGGCAACACGGUACCCACCACCAUUGCUCGACACCAAGAAGCUCGGUGACCUUCGGACACGGAAAGCGUCCUGCAAGCUGAACCAGCUGAUGACCGGCCACUGUAGUCUUCUGAAUGGCUACCUCCACCGCAUUGGAGCUGCACACUCGCCUCACUGUGUCUUCUGCCCUGGCGUCGUCGAGGAUGCAAUGCACUUCCUUUUCGACUGCCCAGGAAGAGCACAAAGCCGCCACUCUGCAGCUCUUCAGUCGUCUUCAUCCGUCAGUCAAGCUGUAGCCGAGUCUCCCUACAAUAUUGCACGAUUCUUGCAGUUGGAGAAACUGCUAUGA